UCAACAGCGUUGAAACAGCUGAUUGUCAAAUAAAAAUGAACAUGCAAAUAAAUGAGGUUAUGUUAGAAAGCUUUAAUUGUAAAUAUUGUAAAUUAUAAAGCGAAGAAUUAUAGAAUAAUAUAUGCGAAGGAGUUACGAAAGUGAAGAAUAUAUAACUAAUUUCAAUAGCAGAUAUGGUAUUUACUUCCUAUUGUUUACGAAGUGAAAAGAAAGUUCGUAGAUAUUUAAGAGGUUUUAUAGAUUCUUUAAGAUUAACCGUUAAAGGCGGAACAGGCGGUAAUGGUUUACCAAAGUAUGGAGGUGUAGGUGGACAAGGUGGAAAUGUAUUUUGUAUAGCUAAAGAAAAUAUAACAUUGAAUAAAGUAAAAGAAAAAUGGACCACAAAACGUGUGUAUGCUGGUCAUGGAGGGAACAGUCAUGCAAAAGCAAUUCUUGGUGAAAGUGGCAAAGACGAAAAUAUCGAAGUACCUUUAGGCAUACGUGUUUAUCGAGAUGAUGGUAAACUCUUAGCCGAUUUAAAUGAAGAAGGAGCAAAAGCUUUAGUGGCUCGUGGAGGUUACGGCGGCUCCCAUCGUUCUGGGUGGUUAGGAAUAAAAGGACAAUCAAAUAUAAUUCGGUUAGAUUUAAGACUUAUAGCUGAUAUUGGUCUAGUUGGAUUUCCAAAUGCUGGAAAAAGUACAUUGUUAAAAGCAGUUUCUAGAGCUAAACCUAAAAUAGCUAGCUAUCCAUUUACAACAAUAAAACCUAAUAUUGGAAUAAUGGAAUACCCAAAUUUAAGAUCAAUAUCUAUGGCAGAUUUGCCAGGAUUAAUCGAAGGUGCUCAUGCAAAUAUUGGAAUGGGACAUAAGUUUUUAAAGCAUGUGGAACGAACAAAGAUGUUACUAUUGAUUGUGGAUAUAAAUGGAUUUCAGUUAAGCCCGAAACAUAAAUACAGAAGUUGUCUUGAAAAUAUAAUCUUAUUAAAUAAGGAACUAGAACUUUACAAAAAGGAACUUUUAGAAAAACCAGCAACACUUAUAAUAAAUAAAAUGGAUACUCCGAACGCGACUAAGAACUAUGAUGAAAUAAAAGAUAAAAUAUCUCAUUUAUCAGAAAUAUUAAAAGAUUAUCCGGAGGAAAUGUGUCCCGAAACACCUUUAAUCUUUGAUGAUAUAUUACCAAUAUCAGCAAAAUCUGGUGAUGAAAAACAAAUUCAAUAUGUUAAAGAACGUCUUAAAGAUAUUUUAGAUUUAAAUGAUGAAAUUUCUAAGAAGAAAGAUAUGGAAGAGAAUGCAAAAUUAAUACAAACAUUAAAAGAAGAAAUUGCUGAAAAGGCACAAGGAAGUCAACAAUUUCAUAGAUAGCAUUUGUUAAAAAUUAAUUUAAUUAAAUAAUAAUUCUUUUAAAUUA